AUGCUUCUCGAUUCGACAGCUUUAGGUGUGAAUAAAAUCAACAAUAAUAAAGGAAGUACCUCUGACAAAUGGCGGGACCUGGUGGUGUAUGGCUUAUGCUUCGCGAACGAAUUGGAUGGCGGCGUAUUUGUUGUGUAUACUCUUGGACAAGCAAAAUAUAACGUGAUCAAGCCUCGUACGGCUAUGGUAGCUUUGGCUUCAGCAUAUAAGCUUCCGAAAAAUGAAAUUAGGCAUCUAGAACUAAAUGAGAACCCCAGCAAAAUGACAAUAGAGGACGAACCUCGUUCUGCGAAGUCGGGAUUUUCCAAGUAUGGAAACUUCAAGCGCGCGUCCCGCCCUAUUACGCUACUCACAAACCUCUUGUCCCACGAGAGAGACUACUCGAAACACCUUUUCCAUCUACUCGAGCACUCUCAGGUCUCCCUAGCUUCGUUCUCGGCCUAUGCAGCGGCAUCAUCUCCUCAGCUCUCUCAUGCUAUCAUAGCAGUCGCAGGCUCACUUGCGGGCGCUGACGAUGCGCUGCGCAAGUAUGCUGCGUCGUUGGAGGCGUGGCAAAGUCAUCUCAAGGCGCUGAAGGACUUGGAAGACGAGGUGGGGAACAUUGUGCGUGAUCGCGAGAUACUUAUUCCGACGUAUGUCCUCUACCGAUGGCAUACGACUGCAUGCUUCGAAUUGCACAUUGUCGGUGGGUACGACAAGAGGUCCCGAAAUGGCGCAAUACGUUUCGGUACCUUCACCCUUCCCGCCACCCCUCCAGCAGGGUGCCCAAAUGUAACGCGUCUCCUUAAGGCGUCCAAACAACAAAAGCCGAGCCGAGAUUCCCUCAUUGCGUCCUCUGGGUCGACCUCCUCUCUCAGCUUUGUCAAGCCUGAAAUAUCGAUCGGGCCAAAGCUGUCUGCCGCGCAAACCGAGCUGCAAGCAUGCGAAGCACAUCUUGCGAUGAAGGAGCGUCAGCUAGAGAGUCUUCGGACGACCGCGAUACAAAGUGGACUCUACGCGCGGUGCAAGGCCAUGGUCGAGUGCGGCUGGGCGUGGGGCGAGAUGGGUAAGGAGGGAUUGCGAGUGUUAGAGAUCAUUGGAUCGGAGGCUGAGCCGCAGAACUCAAAUGGCACGCACCCCUACACAAUGUCGCCGCAGCUGAAACCGUUCCCCGGCUCCGGCAACCACUCCGACUCUGGGCAUGCACACUCUGACCUGUCUUCCAUAGCGCCUUCGCAGUCCGCGUCGCAGAUUACCCUACCGGUGUCUGCUUCAGAUGGGACGGACCACAACAACACGGAAGCAUGGAGGAUGAACACUGCUUCGGCACCAGUGCAAUUCCCCAACUACACGCUGGACAUCCCGCCUGCACACGCAGUCUCGGAGCACAUCGCUCUCAACGGUGGCCCACGCGCGCACUGGCGCAUUUCUGAAGUGGAAGAGCCUGAUGAGGAGGGAGGCGGAAGCAGUGCUGAGGAAGAGGACGAGACCAGGCCUGUUGAAAUGCACGAAAACGAGCGGUUCGGAACCAAGGGAAAGUGGCGUGGCAAGGCUCCCGCAAGCGGCGCGGCUGAGGCGCCGAAGACAUUCUCCAUACGCGCGCGAACUGGAUCGGUCGAUAGCGGGCCGCGCCAUGUGCGUUUCCCCACAGCGCCUUCGCUGGCAGACCCACCGUCCUCGCAGAGCAGCAAGAAGGAGCGACACAGAAGUGGGUCGGGGUCGUUUUUCCAGAGGGGUAUUGCCGCACUGUUCCACAAGGACAAGGGCAAGCACGAGGCUGCAACAGAAGGGCGCACAUCGCCUACGGCAAGCAGAUCUGGGUCUCGAUGGCAUACGAGGACGGACAAGCAUCUGGCUCGUACACGGCGCGGAGGCGAUAGCUCGGACGACGAGGGCGGUGCGCAUUCUCAGCAAAUCUCUACAUGGUCGCCGGCGUUCACGCGGAGUACGGACACUCAAAGUUCACGUGCAAAUUCCCUUGUGCCAUCGAUGUCGAUUUCCGCUUCUGCUUCGUCGGCAAGCGCGACGCAACGCCUGAAGAAGCGGACGAAGCGGAACUCGACGCAGGCUCGCCCCGUUACUCGCACAGAAACGGAAGCGAACAAAGGUUGGGUCAGUGAUAGCGCGAUGACGCCUUUCGGCGAUCUCAAGGGAAAGAAGAAGGCAGCCGAGAGGCAGAGAAGCGAUCAGUCCGUAGAAACCAUCAAGGCGGCGACGAGGAAUGCAGAUGUGUCAAAUGCAACUAAGAACUCGUCGGCGGCAUCGACAAGCACGAGAUCCUCCAAUAUGACACUACCUAGCUCCCUCAGUGGCCAUACGUCCCUCUCGCGCAAUUCUUCUCUGUCCAGACAGUCUGCCGCCUCCACACCUACCCAGCCGCUGAUGCGUUCCCCAACGUCUGCGUCUGCAUCUUCAAGCCAGCAGCAGACCACACCGCCCGCGCACAGGCGAACCGCGUCGAUCGAGAUCAGCGAUCCGGCGUCCAAGCCCAGCCCGCCUCCUCCCGCGAAGGGGCACAAGCGCGGAAACUCUGUGUCGUCACCCCACCGGUCGGGCCUGACGCGCGAUACCGACGUACCGAGUCUCAUGAGCAUCGUGGAGGGCGUUGCGAAAGAGAACCGCCAGGCGUGGGCAAAGCAGGACCCCAACCGCUUGCUAGUGCUGCCAAAAGCCCCGCCGCCGGUAAACGUCAGCGCGGAUACCGAGGAUGUACACAAGCUGCCAGCCAGUGCGGGGGCAGGGCCGUCCACACAGAGCAUGCUAGGUGUAAGCAGAUCGCCUUCACGGAACCAUGUACAGAUGUCGGCGUCGGCGUCAGCCCCUACAUUGCCCCUCUCGACAAGCAGACCUUUUGCGAAAACGCCCUUGCGCUCUGCACUGAGGAAUAGCCGCACGCCGUCGCCAAACCCUCCUGUGCCUUCUGGUCCUCCACCUAUCGACCCUGUGGUAGAUGCUGGCGCGGGGCCGAGUCGGCAUGGCCUCCAUUCGCUGGCUAAUGUAACAAUGAAAGGAGACGUUGCGGACACUGCGUCCAUCUCAUCGUACGAGACGGGUCAUGAAAAUUUCGCAGAAGAAUCUGAUUCUAUGGCUGCUCCACCGCCUCCACCGCACGACGAGAAACCACUCACCACCUCGGGAAGCGAUAUGUCGAACUCGACUGCGUCAACCGCGGGACCUGCCCGGAGAAAGAGCGUCAGAAUGUCCCUUCCGCCGACCUUCUCCGCCACACCACCUGCGAUUGACGACGACGAGGAUGCGCGGGGUAGGCAUCACCCAUGGUCGCCGUCGACCAAGGCUCCUACUGUGGGACCUGGUGGCUGGACCAGCCGGCAUGAACGUCGUGGAACGGGAGACCUCUGGGUGGACUCGAGUGAUGACGACGAUGAGGAAUACCGCACGGCGAAACAUCUAUUGUCCCGGGUGACGAAAGGUACCCGUUCUUAACUUUUUCGACUCAGUUUUAUCUCUGGACAGUCUCGGUACACACCUGUAUGGCUCAGGAUCCCUCUCUUUUCUCUUGGAUACGCUUGUAUUAUUUUAUCAUACAUACCCCUGUACCAUAAAAAUCACGUAUUUCUCUAUUGUACUUCGUUCAUAGUUUAAAUUAAUCCUCGGACGAGUAGAUCCAUUGUACGGUCUGUGUACUGUUGCCCCGAGGACUGUGCGAUCUUUUUCCUUAGUUGAGUGCUGUUGCCUUCAGGAAUUUCGUUUUUGGAUGAAGCUGUGGACAUGGAACACACAAACGAGCCAACGUAGUGGCGUGGUCUCGGGGACGU